AAACACACACACACAAACAUAUUAUUUUUGAGUUUGCUAAACUUGGUCUUGGCUCAGUAUGUUCGAAACACAAUGCACAGGGGUAAUCACCACACCACAUCGACACUGUUGAUAAGCUGAAUGAGUUGUGGCCUGUCGUUACAACUCAUUUGCGGGUAGCGAUAACCAGUAGUUGAUAUCCGCGUGGAAUAUUGAUAUACUUGAAAGGUUACUAUAUAUACUUAAUAUUAUCCCAAUAACCCGAAUAUCUACUAGGAGAUAAUGGCGUGACUCUGCACCAAUCUGUGAUAUCCCGAGGCCAAUUCAAAGGAUAACAUUCGUAGUGUGUUGAAGUAUGCCUGUCACACUCAGACGUGAAUGGUUGUAUCAAGGAGAUAAAACAAAGAAACAUACACGACACUGCAGCCGGUAGUUUGUGUUGUGACCUGAAAGACUCGCAUCUAACUUGUAAGUUACCACUGCGCGUAAUAUUCAACAGUGUGGCUUCUUUAUUUGUGCGGUGAAGCUACGAGCAGGAAGUGAACCAAUACGUGUGUUGUCGGAAAUACCGAGGGCCUCUCAAUGACUGAGUAAUUGCUUCGUACAGGAUAUUUCUGUUGUUGCUUAUGGUUUUGUGAUAUUGUGAUGUGAUGGCUAUAAACAAAAAGAGACCCGUCAAGAGCAAGGUGUCUCCUGCAACACAGAACAGCCCCUACGUCCACAGAGACGUAAGACCUAGAAGAGUAUCAGAAGACGUCGGGGGCAGUGACCGCGUCUCCAUAGGAAGAUGGGUCGCGUUGUUCGCUGUUGUGCUUGCCGUGACUGGCUGUUUGGUUUCUCCUGAUGUCAGAAGAGUGCUAGUUCGUUUGCAAAAGACAGGGUUGGGAGAGAUUUUUGCUGAUGCCCAUGACCCCAGUGUCAGAAUAAGCAGCAAUGAGAAGAGAGAAGCGAAGGAGGAGGAGGUCGUUGGUUGGUUAGAUCCUGAGCCACCAGAGAAUCUCUUGGAUGACAUCGAAGAUGAUGGUGGAUGGCAUGAAGAUCAAGUAGACGAGGAUGAGUUGACAAUGGACGAUUUUGAGGAUGGAGUUAUUGAGCCCGAAGACACUGAAGAUUUAAUGGAAGAUGAGAUAGUAGAGAAAGAACGAAGAGAUGCUGAACGUCAGGAAAAGGAAUACAAAUUGAAAGCUGCAGGAAAUUCUGCGAGCGAUGGCAAAGGAAGGUCCUCGAAAGUGGCUGAGGAAAAGUCUGUUAAAUCACCAAAAACCACGAGUGAAAGUGGCGAUCCUCCCUUGGUACGUGGGCGGCCAGGGAGGGACAAGAAUGCACCCCCACCUAUUAUACUGAGGCCAGGCGAUACCCAUAUCAAGCUGGAUGCGUCACAGAUCAAAUUUGUUGAUUCCCCAGUAGAGACAAAAGACAAAAAACAGCCCAAAUCUCAAGAUUCUGCACAUACUGCCAAGAAAUCCAAAUCUUCUGUAAAAUCGGUAAACACAAAACCACCGGGAAAGAGUCCCGGCAGUGGCAAAGCAGAAGCUCCCGAGAAACCGGAGCACAAUUCAAAAAGUUCGGCAAAGCAAACGAAAGAAAAAACAGCAAUCAAGAGUCCCAGUGAGACUAAACAAGGAAAUAAGGCAACAACAAAGCAAGCCAAAGAAAAAACAGCAAUCAAGAGUCCCAGUGAGACUAAACAAGGAAAUAAGGCAACAACAAAGCAAGCCAAAGAAAAAACAGCAAUCAAGAGUCCCAGUGAGACUAAACAAGGAAAUAAGGCAACAACAAAGCAAGCCAAAGAAAAAGCGAAAAGCGAAAUUCCUGAGAGGCCUGGUGGGAACAAGAACGGACCUCCACCUAUCGUUCUUAAACCAGGCGACAAUACAAUAUUGGAUACUUCACAAAUAAAGUUUGUUGAUUCGCCAGAAAAAGAAAAACCCAUGAAAUCCAAAGCUUCAAAAGUUUCUGCUAAAAAAUCCACACCCUCGUCGAAAUCCGCAAAUAAAAAAAGCGCGGCAGAGAGUCCUGGCAAAAACAAAGAUGAAACCCCUAAAACCGCUGCAAAUGUUCCCUCAAGUUCAGAAGAACGAGCGAAAGAAAAAGUAGAAGCAAAUAGUUCUGAAAACAGCAGAGAAAAACAGAAGCAAACAAAUGUCGAUAAAAGCGAGGCAAAAACCAUUCCCAAAACAAGUAAGAGUAAGAGUGACGGUGUUGGAACUGCAAAGGAACAUAAGCCCAUCAUUCUCAACGGCGAGAAUGAUAAGAUUGUAAUUGACCCUUCAACUUUGAAGCAGGUCAACCCCGAAGUUAUUGAGCCGAGCAAAAGCAAAACAAAAACUUCGGACAAAAGCACGUCAAUGAAGAAAGAUUCAGCCAAAGUCAGUGCUAAGAAACAAGGCGAUGGAAAAAUCAAAGAAGAUACUGACUCUAACAAUGGUGUAAAAGAGAAGGUAAAUAAAUUUAGGGCCAAGUACCAGAAGACGAUAACGCCGAAGAAAGUUUUUAUUGAUGGAAGAAGGAUCCCCCCAACUGAACUGCUCCACCAGAAAGCAAGCAACAGCAGUGUUAAGAACCAUUUGCUUAAACAGUACCUUUUCUGCCAAGAUGCAGAUGUGGAUGAAAAGUAAUUGGAGUUACAGCACUGCUUUCUAUCCCGGGGAGAGCCAGUUUUCCACUCGUUUGGCUGCUCGCAUCGAACAGGCCAUGGGUUUGAGUGAAGAUAACGGAGGAAAGUUCCAGAUCACGUCUUACCCCGUAGGCAAAGCGUACAAGGAACACACAGACUGUAUUUUAGGAGGGACGGAAAAACGCGACCGAAUGGCCUCCGUGCUUAUGUAUCUCAACGACGUCGAAGAUGGGGGUGAAACUUCUUUUCCAGACCUGGGCAUCUGGGUAAAGCCCCGCAAAGGACGAGCACUCCUGUGGAACAACAUGAACCCAGAAGGCUUCUGUGAACCUCACUCAAAACACGUAGCAAAAGUCGUGAAGAAGGGCUCCAAGUACAUUCUGAUCAGAUGGUAUUACUACAAAAGUUUUUACGCCCUGGGCAAACGCCAGCCAGCGCCCAACUUGCCAGCCAGGGAUGAGGCUCAGCCAAUGGUCAGGUGUGAUGAGUACGAGAUGGGCAGUUGUCGCUGGUAUGACGAGUGGAACCAUGACGUCACGCUUGAAUACCAAAAAAAUCAAAUGAAACUCUUAUGAUGAUAAUGAUGCCAUC